AGCCUGUGUUUGGACAGACCUUGACUUACCGUCACUUGGCAGACUUUGGCAUACUUAAAUUAAUUGGAGUUUCACUCAGGACACAAAUUGACUAUUUGUCCCAUAUUUGUCUCAUCCAACAUCAUCAUGGCUGAUUCUAAUUUGCCUUUACCACCAGAUGAUUACUGUUCACUGUGUGUGGACACAUUGAGAGACCCGGUCACCAUCCCCUGUGGUGACACCUACUGCCUGGAGUGCAUCAAGAUCUACUGGGACCAGGGUGACCACAUGGGUGUGUACAGCUGCCCACAGUGCCGCGCAACCUUCACACCACGGCCAAAACUGAGACGCAAUCUGCCCGACGUGAAACAUGAGCAACGGCGCCAGCCCCCGGAGCUCACUCCUUUCCCCUACAUGCACCGUGAAUCAUUUUGCGAUUUCUGCAUCGGCCAUCGCAAAAAGGCCGUUAAGUCAUGCCUCAUGUGCCUGGCCUACUACUGCGAAACACACGUCAAGCCACAUUAUGAGUCGUCCACCUUUAAGAGACACAAGCUGGUGGAUGAGACGGGCCACCUGGAUAGGAAGAUCUGCCACCAGCAUGAGAAAGGCCUGGAGCUGUUCUGUCGCUCUGACCAGAUGUGCAUCUGUGUGCUGUGCACUGUCAGAGAGCAUCGCGGCCACAAAAUAACUUCAGCAGAAGAAGAGCGCAUUGAAAAACAAAAAGUCCUAGUGGUCACCCAGACUGAAGUCCAGUACAUCAUUCAGGAGAGGAUGAAGGAGCUGCAGGAGCUUAAACAUAAUGUGGAUGUUCUCAAAAGUGGUGCUCAGCGAGCACAGGCAGAAAGUGAUAAGACAUUCCACGAAAUGCUGCAAGCGGUGGAGCGCUGGAAGGCUGAAAUCCAUCAGAUGAUAAUGGCCAACAUGCAGGCAGCGAUGUCGCAGGCUGAGGGCUACGUGGACCGCCUGCAGCAGGAGAUCCUGGAGCUACAGCGCAGAGAUGCAGAGCUACGGCAGAUCCUCGAAACAGAGGACAACAUUCACUUUCUGCAGAAUUUCCCGACCCUGUGCAUUGCUCCUGAAGCCAUGGUGCCUAAAGUGCUAAUCAACCCUCAGUUCUCCUUUGGAGAGAUAAGCAAGACGGCCACAGAGAUGAAGGAACAUCUGGACAACAUCUGUAAGAAGGAAUUGAGCGAAAUCUCCAAGAGAGUCAGUGAAACCCCCAUGUACAUACUUUUGCCAAGAAAUGGAGACGAACGACUCAAAGUUCCUUCCAGAGUUGAUUUUCAGGAGCCAAAAUCCAGGACAGACUUCUUAAGAUACUCCUGCAAGAUGUCCUUCGAUCCAAACACAGUCUAUAAAGAGCUGGUCCUGUCGGGCGGGAACCAGAGGGUCACACGUAAGAAAACAGUCCAGUUUUACCCAGAUCAUCCAGAACGCUUUGAUGGCUUCUCCCAGGUGCUGUGCAAGGAGCCUCUGACUGGUUUCAGAUUUUACUGGGAGGCAGAGUGGAGUGGGGAGUUUUCCAUCGGGGUGGCCUACAAGAGCAUCAGUCGCAAAGGGAAGAAUUCGCAAAGCCUGCUGGGCUACAAUGACAAGUCUUGGAGUCUCCUCUGCUCAGACUCAGGCUACUCUGCCUGGCACAAUAAAGUAGAACGGGACCUUCCUGAAGCUCCCAGGGCCACAAGAAUUGGUGUGUACCUGGAUUAUGCAGGCAACACUGUGGCAUAUUACUCAAUAUCAGAGACUAUGGAGCUUAUCUACAGAUUCAAAGCUCAGUUCAGUGAGCCUUUGUAUGCUGGCUUUGGUGUGGGCUCCUCUGUUACCCUCUGCCAGCUGAAGCAGAAUCCCACACCUUAAGAUUUAUUGUAAAGGUUAAAGAACUCACAGGUACUGUUAAAUACUGACUGAACAAUGUAAAGUUAUUGUCUGCAUUUUAAAGCCCUCUCUUCCACAGAUGUUCAUGUUGUUGUGACCACACUCUGCAUGUCCCUGUAUUAUAUAAUGAUAUGAUAUAGUGAUGUCUCACUAAAUGUUAUUUCAAGGCCAUUAUUUAGGAUACCAAUGUGUGUAUUUCAUGCACGUUCCUGUUUGGUGAAAUAUAUGUUCAUUUACAGUAAUGCAGACACUGCAAGAAACAAUGCAAACCUUUACAGCUCAUGACAGAAAGCCUAUAUUCAACAGGUGUAUUCAAGAAUAAGAACUUAUCAAUAGCAUAGAAGAGCAUGUGUGUGUGUGUGUCUGUGUGUGUGUGUGUGAACAAUUUUAAGAAUUAAGGUGUAAAGCACUUCAUAAUAAAGCAACUACACAUAUUAAGUGUUAUAUAUCAUAAUAUAUUGAUUCCUAUUUAGACAAAUAUUCUAAAUCAUGUAAUUCAUUAGGAUCAUUUUAACUACUGCAUGUGCACAUAAUUUAACUGUUUAGUGACUAAUUUUUUUAUUUAGUUAUUUUUGUGAUCGUAGCCUUUAGGAUGAAUGCCUUAAUGACAUCUUGUAGAGAUUACAAGAUUACAAUUACACAAAUAUCUAAUUAUAGACAAUUACAUUUACUGUACAAUUUCCCCACUCUAUAGAGAUACAGGAUAGGUGGGACAAAACCUGUCAUGACAAUUUAAAAAUAUAUUUACAGAGGAAAGAGUAUAAAAAACAUUCAGGAUCCUGCUGUGACUGACUGCCUUUGUGCCACUCUUGUGGCCAUUUUGUAUUUUGUGUUGUGUUUUGUGCUUGUUGCCGUUUUCCAUGUGCUCUGUGGUUACCUGUCUGUCAUGUGUCUUUGUCUCCGCCCAUCCCCUUAUAUGGUCUGCACUUCCUGUCUUGUUAGCUUCCCUCCGGGUCUGCUCUCACCUGUUCCCAAUUGUCUCGUUAGUUUCCCUCCGUUUCUGCUCUGUGUAUUUCUACAUCCCUCUGUUCCUUUGUCUCUUGUCGGUUCGUCUCUCUGUUCCUGUGAGAGUCCUGUUCAUUUGUAGGUUUGUAUUUGUGAGUUUGUAAGUUGCGGAGUCUAAAUAAAGUGUU